AUAAAAUAAAAAUGCUCUUUUAUGAACAAUAGACACAAGCUAUCCUUGCCUUGGUCACUAAGCCAUGCAUUCAUUUAAAAAAAUACCCAAAAAAAGCCCCUGAAAACAGAGAGAAAAAACCCAACGAUGAUUUUCUUACAGCCUCGGCACCACAAAAUCGAUGAUGUUCGGUCUGGGCACCGGAGCUGUGUCUCGUAUUGUCCUGCUUCUCGUUUUAACGGCUGCUGUGAUCUCUCCGGUCCUUGGAUCAUCGGACGGCGGAGAUGAUGAGAGGAAUAGGAGGCGUGAUCCUCUGAAGAGCUUCAGGUACUACAAUGGAGGAUUUGAUGUUCGAAACAAACAUUACUGGUCUUCUGCGGCGUUUACAGGAGUUCACGGCUACGUCGUCGCCGGAGUAUGGAGUCUCUCCGGCGUCUGUUUUGGACUUUUAUUGGCAUUCAACGUCACCAGGGGGCGCGUGGCUUCCGUGCUUCAGUCCACGCGCCGCCGUCUAGACCACUGCUACGUUCCCUUGUUCUCACUCGUCCUACUCUUUGUUUUGCUCUCCAUGGCGGCGACGGGGAUGGUGAUAGCGGCGAACCAGAGCUCCCGAAGCAGAUUGCAGAAACUGGAAAACACCAUUGCCAAUGCCGGAGAAGAUGUCCACCGGACCAUCGGUACGGUCGUCGAAUCCAUGACUAAGAUUCAGUACCUUUUGCUUCCGUACGAUCAGCAGACGACUAAGCUCCUUAACAUCACCACCCACCGCCUCGCCAAGGAAUCUCGCAUUAUCCAGCGAUUCGUCCAUGAAAACAAACGAUCGAUCAAUCUCGCCAUCCAGACUUCGUAUGCAUCGCAUCUGAUGGUUGCAUCGAUCAACUUGUUCUUGCUGUUUCUGACAUUUGCUCUCCUUUUGCUUCAUUGGCACCCCGGCUUCAUCAUUUUCAUAUUUUUCUGCUGGAUCUUGACAACACUUUUCUGGGUUCUCACCGGCUUCGAUUUUUUUCUUCACACUUUUUCGGAUGAUGUUUGUUUAACAAUCAAAGGGUUCAUGCAAAACCCGCAAAAUAACACUCUAAGUUCUAUCCUGCCCUGCAUGGACCGUCUUCACUCAGAUAAAACCCUGGAGGAUAUCAGUCUGGCCAUCCAUAACUUCAUCAGUGAGCUAAACUCGAAAAUAGCAGAGACCAUGCGCUCCUAUGCAUUACACGACCAGGACACUGUUUUGCCAGAAUCCGGACUUAUAUGCGAUCCAUUUCUUGGGACACAAAACUACACCUACAUACCUCAGGAUUGCCCCAUUGGCGCCAUUCCAAUUGGUGAAUUUCCAAAUAUUCUUGGCAGAUUCACAUGCCAUGCCGGUGACCCACCGGAAACCUGCAGAACCAACGGAAAAUUCGUCCCGGAAGCUUCAUACCGAAAGGCCUGGGCUUACAGCAACGCGGUUCAAGGGAUGCUCGAUAUCUUUCCCGAUCUGCAGGGCCUGACUCGAUGCCUCAUCAUCAAAGACACGUUCUCGGCUAUUGUCUCGGACCAGUGCCAUCCUUUUAGGGCUUCAAUGUAUCGGUUAUGGGCCUUCAUGGUCACUCUCUCGGUUCUCAUGGUGGUCCUUGUCUUGCUCUGUGUUGCAAAAUCUUUCCAAGAAAAAGGGAAGAGCUUUUCUUGGUUUUCAAUCAGACCCACUUCUUCUCAAGCCCAUGGAGUUGGUGACAGAGAACAACAGAGUUCAUAAAGAGUGUAUACAAUAAUGGUCGGCUUGUUCUUUUUUUUGUCUUUUAGUAUACAAAUAUAAGUGAGAGCAUUUUCAUUGGGCAAAACGGGAUGUAUAUAUAUACAACAUUUUUUCAAGCAUUUAUGAAU